AUGAAGCACAGCAUCGCGCUAGCCAUUUUCGGAGCAACGGCUUCUGCAGCCACGGCGGAUGGAGUUGCACGGAAGUGCACCAGCUACCCAUUCCCAGAAUUUGUCUGCAUGCAUCGAUACGGCAGUGUUCUGCCACUGGAUUUUGUCCGUACUGAAAACUUGACUUUCGGGCAGCAGACGACGUACGGGUCGACUUUGGUGCCAAACGACCCCUCAUUCUCAAACGUCGCAAAUACAACCUUCCUCGUCUGGGAUGAGAAGCUUGCUCAGGAGAUCCUAGGCGAGGACCCUGUCUACGAAUUCAUGUUCAAGAUUGACGAGUCCAUUCACGAGGCUCCAGUUUACGUGCCCGACACGAAUGAGCUGUUCUUCUCCAAGCUAAAGAGGAACUGGCUCGCACAGUACGUUGUGGACUUCAAUAACGACCCACCUACUCUAUCGGAAAAGACGGCGUCCCCUCCCAUCUAUGCUCCCACAGGUGCUCGCUACCGCGACGGGCUCAUCUACUUCGCUGUCGGCGGCGGCAAUGCCUCGCUUGAAGGCCAUGCUUUCCGCCCGGGCAUAUACAGUCUCAACCCCAAAACCAUGGAAUCCAAGGCAGUCGUCAACAACUACUACGGCCACUACUUCAACCUGGUCGACGACCUCGACAUCGACGCCCACGGCAACAUCUGGUUCACCGACAACCUCCUCGCCCGCAACGCCCACAUCAACACCGAAGCCCCCCAAAUCGGCGCCGCGACGUACCGCUUCUCGCCGCGCACCGGCGCCGUCUCCGUCGUCGACGACACGCUGCAAGCCCCCAACGGCCUCGCCUUCUCGCCGCCCGACGACGGCCGCCGCACGCUCUAUCUGAGCGACACGGGCGCCGGCGUGCCCAUGAUCGACCCGCGCGUGCCGUGGCAGGACGUCCCGGGGAUAGCGUGGAACGGGACGAGGAAGAGGACGGUGUAUGCGUAUGACGUCGUGGACGACGAGAACGACGAGAACGACGACGAGGGGAAGGGAUCAGCAGCGGUGGCGGCGGCACCGUGGCUGAAGAACAAGCGCCCGAUUUACGCGGCGAUGGAGUACGUGCCGGACGGGUUGAAGGUGGCGGCGAAUGGGUACGUGUUGACGGGCGCCGGGAAGGGGGUCGAUGUGUUGGAGGCGGGGAGCGGGAGGCCGGUGUUGCGGGUGCAGACGAAUUUCACGGCGGUGAAUUUUGAUUUUGUGGGGGAAGAGCGGCGGGAUGAGUUGUGGAUUGUUGGGCAGGGGGGUGUUGCGAGGGUGAAGUGGAAUUUGACCGGGCCCGUCUUUUGA